AUGGACGAGACUGAAGAAAGUAAAGGUAAUCGUGCAUACUAAUUCCCUGAAAUAAACAUUUGCUGUGAACGAUUGGUUUUACUCUGAAUGAAUGACGGGACGAGUGUUUUACUCUUUUGUCUAACGCGCGUCCAAAAAAUAAUGUCUGUUCGGAACUUUUCGCUUCGAAAAGGCGAAAUGAGAUAUAAUAGAUGGAAGGGAGUGGAAAUGAGAAAUCACAUCUUAUAUAUCUUCUCCUGUGAAGGGACCUUCGCUGCAUUUCUCGCCAAAUCGCCUGGCUAAUCGGUAGUACUGCUAACUUUAUUUGGGACAGUAUUUAUUCCGGGGCUGAGCUGUCUCCUGUCCGCCUCGUUUUUGCACUGAGUGGGCCGAAAACCAGUCCAACGGGGCUCUGACCUCCUUCCCGGUUUUCUCUUCCCCUCCGUCCGAUCGCCAUGUCGCGUUUCUGCAGUGAUUUCCUUAUAAUAUUUAUUACAUUGUCGGUGUUAUCCGUAAUUUUACUUUUUUUAGAACAAAAAAAUCUUGUUACUCCGGCGGCCUCGACAUCGAAGCCGAAAAACCUUGAUCCAAACCCUUCGCCGUUUUCAAUCCAUCAGGCGGAGGGGUUAGACCAGUUGAACUAUUCAGUAAGUAAAAAUUUUAAAGUUAAUAUUUAAAUUUUUAGAGUGAAUACGGGUCUUUCACGGGUCAGAAUCGGUUCGAGGAAGCUACAGUUUCGGUCAUAUUCUUGAGAUCAGAAGACGAAGGCCUUGUUACAUCUUCGAACCUUUGUCCAGCUGUUUUAGCGGGCAAUUCGUUUCAGAUCGAACACUUAGUGCCUUUUUAUGCUAAUGAUACGGGUAUGACGAAUACUUCCAAACAUGCCAAAGGAAUCGCUGUAAGUUCUAAUUUAAAAUUAGGUAUGAAAAAUAAUUUGCAGGUGCUCGGUGAAAAUUUUACCCGAUCAGUUCCGGAAUGUCAGAGAAAAGUGGAGGAAUUAUUUGGAACUGGGGACAUCCAACCCUUCAAGAUAUCCCAAAUAUUAACCAUGAUGGUUAUCAGCGAUCAUAGUGAUGAUCAUCCCCUAACCGAUCCCGAAAAUUUCCCAUGGGAUCCAAACGUCUUCUAUGAGACAAUAAAUAUGAUGGUAAUAGUUUCUUAACGGUAUCCGUAAUGUCUUCAGCUCCCCGGUCUAAAUUGGAAAGAUGUCCUGGAAGGAAUGGACAAUCCCUAUUUUACUGUAAAGUCUAACGGAAGCUUCCGGUUUUUGUUCACAUUAUUCAAGUUGGCCUUCACCGACAAGGAGUUCCCAAUCAAUGUGUUGUAUACACCUUGGAAAAACAACAAAGCUGGUCAUGUAAGAAAUUAGUUGUUUGAGUAGUAUUUUUAGUUGUCGUGUCUAAACAAGAUCAUCUACCAUCGACACAUCUUCGAUCUUCGAGAUUAUCCCCAUACUUUGACUAACAUUUCGUGUCUGAAAGUAAUGCCAGAUGAGAAUGACCGAGAGGUUCUUGUUUGGAGGAUGAUCGAGUUGGUGGACUGUCUUUUCCAGCUUGGGGAGAACACUAGUCUUUCCCAACUGAUCUUUGCUAUGUUUAAAACCCCUGUGAAUGUGUGUCCCGAUAUAUUUUGUUUGACGGUGGCCCAACUCCAAUCCCAUUCCACCCAAUUUAGGGUCUAUGUUUUGAAGUUAGCAGUCACCCAGCUGUUGUCCGGUCAUCAGAAUGCUGUGCCUGUUCUAAAUUUUAUUUGGACUUGCGAAAACAUGGACGCGUUUAAAUCAAUGCUGUUGUCUGCCUUUACGGAGUAUUACACAUCACAACCAGAAGAUCAAAGUAGACUGACGAAGAUUCUGGAAAUUGCACAUGAACUGAAACCGAAUGGCCUCGGAGAACUGUUCAAGACAAAUCAUUACACGUUUCUCAUCGAUUUGGCUUGUUUGGCCGCAAGAAGAGACUUCUUAAAGCUGGAUAAAUUCCUAGACGACAAAUUGAAUGAAGUUGGAGUAAGUUUACAGUUGAUUAUUUUUCUACCCUAUUUCAGGAUCCCUUUGCCCAACAUUUACUGCACUUCUUGCGCAGAAAAUGUACACUGGUAAAUUCGGAGAUCUCACAGAUUAUUUUCACGGCUCUCUAUGCACGUGUAAACACUAUGUCUUGGCUCCUAAAUGACAUGAAUUCUCUGCUCAAUAAGAAUUUGCUGCCUGCCAGCGUUCGCGUCUAUUAUAAUUCAAAUGGUAAGCUGGGAGAAUUUUUUUCGUUUUGAUAAUCUAGUCAGCUCGCCCGUUGUAUUUUUUAAAGUGAAUACUGAUAAGGGUCAUGUUUAAAAUUAUAUACAGAGGAAAGGCGGCAUACUAUUUUGACAGUCCGGCUAGUAAGGUAAAAGUGUGCUAUAUUGUCUAAUUCUCAUGAUUUGGUGCGGAGAAACGGCGGGUAUUAAAAAGACGCGGACGAGGCGGGGAGUGGGGAAAAGAACACGAAAAGAGUGUGGCGCCACUGCCAAAACGAAGGGGGAAUGUGUUGAGAGUGGAGCGCGAGAGAAGCGACUACGCACCUCGGAAAGGGUCGGUCCUGCUCGCUCAGUUCUUGCCCGGCUUUGUCUGACCCAGCCAUCCACUCUCUUUGCCCUUUCCUUAUUUCCCUUACUUUCUUCGCCUUCUCAUCACUUUUUUUGAUGUCUGUUCGGUGGCUGAGCUUCAUCCCUGCAUGUGUUUGGUUGUUUUGUCCGUCGUCAACACCUUGGUCGAUGAAAACGCUACAUCCAACGCAUGGGUUUAACUCUCUGUUUACAACUUGUCUGGCACCUGACACUUCAAAAAGAGAAUCCAUGUCAGAGGGGAACAUGAUAGGGAUACUUUUUGCCUCCCAACUAAAAAUUUCUCUCUCUUUGGAAUAAAAAUGGGGUUAGAAUAAUUAUGAACGGUUAUUCUUGUAGACUUAAUUUUUCUGCCAAUCGGGGAUAAUGUUUGCUCUGAUUUUGGAGUCUUUUUCAGAUCAUUUGACAUGUAAAGAGUUAUAUCUUUCGCCACGUGUUUUCGUAUAAAACAUCCCGUCAUUACGAAAUAUCUAAAUUUUGUUUUAAAAUUUUUUGCUCGUUUUUAUAUCUAUUUUUUCAGAAAUUCGAAUGUUUUUUAUCUCGUGAUUUUCCAGGAUUAUUAACAAGAUCAACUCCGAGUGUGCCAAAUUCUAUGGACUUCCGGCCGACAGGCCGAGACAUAGGCCAGGGUGGGGGAGGGCCCACCCCUGCCCCGAGUAUGGCCACUCCUUAUGCGGCCGAAGACGAUCUCACGAACGCCGUCUUUUCGGAUACCAUCCAAACCCAAGCUAACACAUAUUUCCAACAGAUCUACGACUGUAACAAUCCUCUGCAGGUUAACGAGUUUCUAAGGACGAUGAAGAGGUUCUCCAUCUCUAACAACACACAGGAAAAGGUAUGGGAAGCGUUUAAUUAGACUUUAUGUUUUUAGGAGCUUCUUUCGUGUCUUCUGAAGAAUCUGUUUGAUGAAUUCCGUUUCUUUGCUGAGUAUCCUGAGCGAGAACUCAAAACAACGGCAAAAGUAUACGGUGGUAUCAUCAGGGAAGGGAUUGUUUUGAAUAUGAAGUUUGCCACGGCCAUCAGGAGAAUUUUGGAAGCUCUUCAUGCUCCCAGAGCUACUCUUUUGAACAUGUUUGGAAUCGUUGCAAUCAAUGAAUGUCGGGCAAUUCUUCAUAAAUACACAAAAAUCUGCCAGACAAUCCAUGCAAUGCCCGCGUUUGAGUGGUUUCCAGAAGAUCUGAAGGAGUACAUUGUGAGCGGGAUCCAGGGAGUCCUUCCGCCGAAUCAUGUUGCCCAAAAUGAACUCCAGUUAAUCAACGAGAAUGCUAGGACAACGCCAUCCAACAACCACGGGCAAGCGACCACUCCUGUUGCCGGCAUGAGGUUUGCCCCAAGGAAUAACACUGUAAGAUUAGAGUACCUUUAAAAUAUUUGUUUGUUUUUUCUUUUGUAAUUUUAUCUCUGUUGCAGGGACAAUCCUUGGGUGUAACGAAUUGUGAGUCUCUGAUUCAAGCAACGCGGGCAGAAGGGCGUGAAAUCGAAGCACCGGACAGCACGGUCGAAGAACGAGUAUCAUUCCUCUGCAACAAUUUAACUUUGUCAACAAUGCCAGCAAAGUGCGAAGAGAUGAAAGAGCUGAUCCGAUCUCAAAACCGCGAUAUCCUGAUUCCUUGGCUGGCCCAAUAUCUUGUGAUGAAACGUGUAUCAAUGGAACCAAAUCUGCAGAACGUGUACAAUUCCUUCUUGAUCUCUGUAAAGGACGAAAAAUUAGAUGAGGCAAUUCUGACUGAGACAUACAGAUCUAUCAACGUACUGUUGCGAUCUGAUAUGAGAAGAGCCGCAUCUAAUUUCACGGACCGGAUGUUGUUGAAGAAUCUCGGCUUCUGGCUGGGCUUCAUUACCAUUGCCAGAGACGAACCCAUCUUAUAUGACGAACUAAAUAUAAAGGGACUUCUGAUGGAUGCCUUUUUCCGAGGGCAACACGAGCUUCUUUAUGUUGUUCCGUUCGUCACAAAGGUCUUGAUUUCAACAGCAAAGUCAGUGGCUUUCUCGCCCCGGUGUACAUGGAUUAAUGGAAUUUUAAAGGUCUUGGCAGAAAUUCACAACGAACCCGACCUUAAAUUAAAUCUGAAGUUUGAGAUAGAAGUUUUGUGCAAGGAUCUCCAACUUCAUCUCAAAGAUAUCGAAAUCACGGGUGUAUUAAAGGACCAGAGUCGGUUGCCCAACCUGUUCCCUCAACGAACUGGAUUUGGCGAUGUCUCUCCAACCAUCAACGGAUUCGGGUCUCAUUAUCGUACUCCGACAGAAGGUCUCGAAACCCAACGGAUUCAAAUGUCUUGUCAGUUUGCGUUAUCUUAAUCAAUCUUGUUUUAGCGAUUAUGUCGAAUACGAUUCCAAGUAGUUCCGCCAAUGGUACGUUCUCCCAAACACCUGGUCAUGGAAUGCCGAGUUUCCCGGCUGGCUCUGCUCCAACACCCUCUAGUCUCCAAAGCACCUUUGUGUCGUCAAGCAGCAACCAUUAUGGUCCGUAUGUGGAUCAGGGCGACACUGAUUGGACUCAGUUCUUGAACACUUUGGAUAUGAUUAUCGGGCAAAUGCAAGCUCCCACCCAUCUUAAGGCCAUGAUCAGACAUGCAGUUAGCCACGCGGUUAGAGAAAUGGUUGGAGGAAUCACCGAUCGCGCAAUUGCAGUUGCGGUCACAGCUACAGAGGCUUUGGUGAAGAAAGAUUUUGCCUUGAAUCCGGACGAACUUCAAAUGCGACGAGCGGCGCAGCAGAUGAUGAGGAAUAUGACCGCUGGAAUGGCCAUGAUCAGCUGCCGUGAUCCACUGUUACAAGCAAUGCAGGCGUAUCUCCGGAAUCUCUUGGCCCAGAACAAUCAACAGAUCGACCUUCCGAAGACUGCCGAAGAAAUUUUGACGGCUUCGACUGAAGCUACCAUCGAAUGCGCUACCAACUAUGUGGUUAAAUGUGCGUGUGAAAAGGGACUUCGAGAGAUCGACAGAAGAAUGGAGAAAGAAUAUAUGACCAGAAGGUUGUGUCGACAAGAAGGCCGGCCAUAUAAAGCAGACCCUUCACUUGUCGCCCUAAAUCCUUCUCUACCAGAGCCUUUGAGGCGUCUUCCCGGAACAAAUGAUGAAGCUAGCUUCAAAGUUUAUGAAGAUUUCCACAAACCGCUUUCUCUCUCUUUGUCGGAGACUCCAUCCGAAAUGAUCGAAGAGUUCAGAAGACCAGUUCAGGUAUCAUAAUAUUUAAUUUUUAUAAAUUUUUAUGUUUAGCAGUUUGACCGGGCUCCGUCCGCCAACCAAAUGGAGUAUGCCAACCGUCUAGUCAGUCAGCCAGCUGUUGUUCGGCCUCGCCCAGCUUCAGUUGAGAAUCUUGGUAGUUUUCCCAAUGGCAAUGGAGACGUCGGAAAUCUCUCCAGCCGUCCUUCUUCAUUCAUUAACCCCAUUGAACAACGUCGCGGGGGCGAUGAGUUCCAAGGAAAGGUCGAGAGUAUCCUCAGGGAAUGGAUUAACAUGUGUUAUCAACCAAACAUUGCCCGUGAUCCUCAGCCAGCCCUUACGAGCAUCGUCAACAUGAUGCGAGAGAAUGGAAUUUUGGUGACUGAUGAGAUGAUCACACAAUUCUUUAAGGUGUGCGCCGACAUUUGUUUCGACGUGGCCUAUCGUCUCCUGAGAAAUGAGAACAGUGGAAAUCUGAACGUGAAACAACGAUGCUACUUCACUUUGGACGCUUUCGUUAGACUCACCUGCUUGAUGAUCAAGUACUCCGCAGAUGGAAACCAUUCAACUAAGUUGAACCUUCUCAAAAGAGUACUGGCCAUAAUCACUCAAGCUGUUAUGUCCGAUCACGAUCAUAAACAGACUGACUUCAAUGGAAUGCCGUUCAUGAGAAUUAUUAUCCAGAUGUUCAACGAACUGACCACUGAAGAUCCAGCCCUCGACCCCAUCUCUUGGGAUAUUGUUGAAUGUUUCUUCCAGGCGUUGUUCAUCAUCCAGCCUCGUCGUGUCCCCGGAUUCGUCUUCCAUUGGCUGGAAAUCAUUGGCCACAGGAUUGUACUGACUCGCCUGUUCCAAGGGCGAUACGAUUUCCAACGGUCGACUGCUGUCUACAUCCAACUUCUGGUUUCCCAUCUUCGUUUCUUGGGUCCAUUCCUCCGAUCUUCCAGAAUUCAUCCCAACAUCCAUGAACUUUACAAGGGUACAUUGAGGAUUAUGUUUGUCAUCCUGCAUGAUUUCCCUGAGAUCUUAUGCGAAUACCAUUAUGUAUUGUGCGAUGUCAUUCAGCCCAACUGUAUUCAAUUGAGGAAUUUGGUGCUCUCAGCAUAUCCGAAGGAUCUCAUGAUCCCAGAUCCAAUCAGUUUGUCGAAGGAAAGCGUAUGUCUUUCAUACUUUUUGCGUUUUUUAGAAGAAUUUUUUAAUCGAAAGUAUUUUAGAUCGAGAAACUUCCGGAAAUGAACGAAGAUCCGAAAUUACACAGAGAAAUGUCGUCCUUGGUGUCUAAAGAAAUCGGAGAAAAACUGGACGAGUAUCUGAAACGGCGGGUCCAAGUCAGUUUCCUGACCGAACUCCCCAGCAUUUUGAUGCUAAACCCAUCCCAAGGAUGCAAAUAUAACAUCUCGACGGUAAAUGCGGUCGUUGUUCAUGUCGGCACACGAGCCAUUGACCAACUGCACGAGAAGUCUCUGAGCAUCAAUAUGACCAACGUGAUGAACACCGCUUUCAUGGACAUUUUCCAGAGUUUGGCCGCCAGUUUAUGUACUCAGGGUCGGUAUUUGCUUUUCAACGCGAUUGCCAAUCAAUUGAGAUACCCCAACUCUCACACAAAUUACUUCUCUUGUGUCAUUUUGGUCCUCUUCCUUCACGCUCACAACAGUGAAGUUCAAGAACAAAUUACAAGGUAUGUCGUGUCUGUGUAAAAUUUAAUCGAACCUUCUUUAGGACCUUGUUCGAGAGGUUAGUAGCACAGAAGCCCCAUCCAUGGGGACUCUUGAUCACCUUUGUAGAGCUGAUUAGAAACCCGCAAUACAACUUCUGGAAGCAUAACUUUGUCCAUUGUGCUACCGACAUUGAAGGGUAAGUAUCGUAUUUAACCCUUUCCGGACGAGUCGGCACCUCCAUGCAGAAAUGAAAGAGGGUACCCUACUGAGUAACGGCAUAAUAGUGGUUCAGCCCAUCGAAGCGUUAUUUGGGACUUAUGACAAAAAAUGUCCUAAAAAGUACCCCCAGUUGACAUAACCCUUAUAAAAUUUUGCUAACGACCUGUAAAUUAGAAACUACCGCUAAGUUAAAGUCUAACACUCCUACUACUGUUACAUCCAAGAACUGUCCAAAUCGGACCACUACGGGAUUAGUUAUCGACUUUUGGAAAUUGAAUUUUAAACUUCGACCAAUUUUUGGCCCAAAAUUGAGUAUAUCUUCCGCCGGAAUCAACCAUUUCAGUCUAAAUGUGGUUUUUCUGAAUCUAGAGUGACGCUAGCUUCUUCCCAGAAUGUUUCCAGAAAAAACCUAUAGAGCACGUUUCUGUAAAAAGCAAAAAAGUUGAAAACGUAAAGGUUUCGCCGUAUAAAAUGUCGCCGCAAGCCGAAAAGGGUCGGGCGCAGCUCGAAAGGCGAAAAUAAUAUUUUUUCUUCGAAAAAUAUUAUUUUAGUGUCGACAAGCUGAAUUCAGAUGAAAUACAGACAGACAGAGCACGCAAACAUUAACUCAAUGUCAUUUUAAUAUUUUUAAUGCGUUUUCAGGCAAUUUCAUUGGAUUUUGCUUUAGUUUCACACUAAAAUAGUAUUUCUCAAAAAAAUAUAUAUUAUUUUCGCCUUUCGAGCUGCGCCCGACCCUUCUCGGCUUGCGGCGACAUUUUAUACGAUGAAACCUUUACGCUUUCAACCUUUUCGCUUUUUACAGAAACGUGCCCUGUAGGUUUUUUCUGGAAACAUUCUGGGAAGAAGCUAGCGUCACUCUAGAUUCAGAAAAACCACAUUUAGACUGAAAUGGUUGAUUCCGGCGGAAGAUAUACUCAAUUUUGGGCCAAAAAUUGGUCGAAAUUUAAAAUUCAAUUUCCAAAAGUCGAUAACUAAUCCCGUAGUGGUCCGAUUUGGACAGUUCUUGGAUGUAACAGUAGUAGGAGUGUUAGACUUUAACUUAGCGGUAGUUUCUAAUUUACAGGUCGUUAGCAAAAUUUUAUAAGGGUUAUGUCAACUGGGGGUACUUUUUAGGACAUUUUUUGUCAUAAGUCCCAAAUAACGCUUCGAUGGGCUGAACCACUAUUAUGCCGUUACUCAGUAGGGUACCCUCUUUCAUUUCUGCAUGGAGGUGCCGACUCGUCCGGAAAGGGUUAAAGACUUAUCUGUUUCCUCUAGAAUGUUAAUUGGGGUAGCUAAUUGGGUUCAAGCAGACCAGGCCGGCCGUCUAACGGGCCCUUUGAUGGCGAAUCGACCCGCUCGUCCCCAGUAG